UUGUGAGUAAUUUUCGUUUUUUACGAACUCGGUCACACUACAUGGAUUUUGUUUAUAUUUGUGGAAAGCAGAAAUAAAUGUCUAAUUUGCAAUUAACCCAGGAAAGGCUCGAUGCAUUGCGCUCGGAGUACAAGCCACGCAGGCCAUGCGCCAUGCUCAAAUAUCCACGACCGAAAACAAAGCCUGAAUAUCAGUCAAUAUAUCCGUGGAUAAUACUUGAUGAAACUGAUCCGCAUUUUGUAUUCUGCGCCGUUUGCGAAUGUCGCUUGAGCGCCAAACGCUCCGAUCUGGGCAAGCACGAGGGCAGCAUAAAACACUCGGAGAACGCUCAACGCAAAUCGGUCAAAUCGAAAACUCAGAGCCAAUCGAACGGCAGCAUCAAGUGGGAGUACAACGAUGAGAGCAACGAUGAGAGCCUACUGCCAAUGCAGUUUGCCACGGGCAGCGUGCUGUGUAAGACAGAGCCGGACAAUGAGGAUGAGGAGGCUGACGGCGAGGAGGAGGGAGAGGAGGAAGACGAGGAUGACGAUGGCACAGCAGAAAAUGAAGAAGCACAACCAGAGGCAAGCGGUGACGGUGAUGCUGAAUAUGAGCCGGCUAGCAAGCGUCGUGCUUCGGAAACAGAUUCGCAGCAUUCCGGCCUGUUGGACUACCUGCCACUGCAGGUGACCAUCAAUGAGAUGCCGCAUGGCCAGCUAAUGCCCGCUGCCCAGCCGGCCACAACGACGCCUCAGCCGUGCCGCAUCACAAUUAAGAAGGUGCCCGCAUCGGCGCUCACAAAGAUGAGCACGAGCACGCCCACGGGCAACCAUGAGAUUACCUCGAAGGCAACCAUUACGCCCAUUGCCAGUGGCUGCUAUAAUUCGCUGCGGCAGCCGCAGCUGCAGUCGUAUGCAUCGCGGCAGAUGCAGUCCUAUCAGCUGCAGCACCUUACCUCAAUCGAGUCGCCGCCGCGCGACUCACUGGAUCUCUUCUUCGACAGCAUUUGCUCGACGGUGAAAGGGCUGCCGCCCAAGCUGGCCACCGAGGGCAAAAUACGGGUGAUGCAGCUAAUUGGGGAGCUGGAGCUGCGUGCGCUAAACGAACGCGAUGCAGUGCCCGCCGGCUCAACAGUUGACCAGGCGGCAACUGGAGCACUGGCGACACCUUCGUUGGACGCACCUGGAGGCAGUCAGCAGAAUGCGACAGUUGCCUCCACCACCAAAUGAGGCGUAUACAAUGAUCACAGUUCAAAGUUCAUACACCUCUCCAACAUUAGCAAGAGAUUCUGUAGCAAAAUUGUUUAUGCUCGUUCACGUUGCU